AUGGCAGACGUCGCCGUGGAGAACCCAGCGAACAACGUCACGCCUCUUCCCAAGCCAACGCUGGAUGCCAUCGCCAACUUGGACUCGCUGGAAGGCACAGGGGCCGAUGGAAACGAUGAAUAUGCCAACCUCAAGCGGUUACAGAGACAUCUAGAAUACAUCCAGUUGCAGGAGGAAUACAUCAAGGAUGAGCAAAGGAGCUUGAAGAGGGAACUGGUUCGGGCACAAGAGGAGAUCAAGCGGAUACAGAGUGUGCCGCUGGUCAUUGGGCAGUUCAUGGAGGCGAUCGAUCAGAACACUGGUAUUGUGCAGAGCUCAACCGGGUCGAAUUACGUCGUCCGCAUCCUGUCUACCCUCGACCGCGAGAAGCUGAAGCCCUCCUCUUCGGUCGCCCUCCACCGCCACUCCAAUGCCCUGGUCGAUAUCCUCCCUCCGGAGGCAGACUCGUCGAUCGCGAUGCUUGGUGAGAGUGAGAAGCCAGAUGUGACCUACGCCGAUGUAGGUGGUCUUGAUAUGCAGAAGCAGGAGAUUCGGGAAGCCGUCGAGUUGCCCUUGACACACUUCGACCUUUACAGACAGAUCGGUAUUGAUCCUCCUCGGGGCGUGUUGCUGUAUGGACCUCCCGGUACCGGCAAGACCAUGCUGGUCAAGGCCGUGGCCAACAGCACGACUGCCAGCUUCAUUCGCGUUAACGGGUCCGAAUUCGUACAAAAGUAUUUGGGUGAGGGUCCUCGGAUGGUGCGUGAUGUGUUCCGGAUGGCGCGUGAGAACUCCCCAGCCAUCAUCUUCAUCGACGAGAUCGAUGCUAUUGCCACCAAGCGUUUCGACGCCCAGACUGGUGCCGAUCGAGAGGUCCAGCGUAUCCUGCUGGAGUUGCUGAACCAGAUGGACGGUUUCGAGCAAACCAGCAAUGUCAAGGUCAUCAUGGCCACCAACCGAGCCGACACUCUGGACCCGGCUCUGCUGCGUCCUGGUCGUCUGGACCGUAAGAUUGAGUUCCCGUCGCUGCGUGAUCGCCGUGAGCGCCGACUCAUCUUCAGCACCAUCGCAUCGAAGAUGUCCCUCUCCCCCGAGGUGGACCUGGACUCCUUGAUCGUGCGCAACGAGCCGCUGUCAGGUGCCGUCAUCGCCGCCAUCAUGCAGGAGGCCGGUCUACGUGCGGUACGCAAGAACCGAUACAACAUCAUCCAGUCCGACUUGGAGGAUGCCUAUGCUGCUCAGGUGAAGAGUGGCCAUGACGAUGAUCGUCUCGACUUCUACCGGUAA